GCCACUGUUAAUUGAUCAGUAGCAUCUCACAAAAAAUAUUUAAAAGGUUGUUGGCACAGCUUCAAAUGCUUUUAAAGCCACAUGAGCUGUUAACUCUCCCACAGCAGCUUCAUCAAGUGUAGCUUCUUAAAAGUUAGAUAUGCGUCUCUCUUCCUUUUUGGCCGUGUUCAGGCCUGCUUUGCCCCUUAUCCUCGGGCUGUCUCUGGGCUGCAGCUUGAGUCUUUUAAUGGUGUCCUGGACACAAGGGGACACAGACGACUCCUGCAGGGAUGAGCUGGGCAAUGGGGGGCUUUUCCUUGGCAGAGGGGAAGCUCAGAGAGACUCAAGAGAUGGGGGUGCAGAGGAAGACUUCCAGCCACGUAUAGUUCCCUAUCACAAGGAUCCAAAUAAGCCACACAAGAAAGUCCUCAGAACGCGGUAUAUUCACACUGAACUGGGCAUCAGGGAGCGACUGCUGGUGGGCGUACUAACCUCUCGAGCAACCCUCAACACGCUCGCCGUGGCGGUGAACCGCACGGUCGCCCACCACUUCCACCGCACCUUCUUCUUCACGGGCCUGCGCAGUCCCAAGGUGCCCCAUGGCAUGACUGUGGUUGCCCACGGCGACGACCGCCCGGUAUGGCUGAUGUACGAGACGGUGCGUCACCUCCACCAGCACUACGGCUCGGACUACGACUGGUUCCUCUUGGCGCAGGACGACACUUACAUGCAGGCCGAUCGUCUUUCGGAGCUCGUCAGCCACCUCAGCGCGGGUCAGGACUUGUAUAUGGGAAGGGCGGAGGAGUUCAUAGGUGGGGAGGAGAAGGCACGCUACUGCCACGGGGGUUACGGCUACCUGCUGUCUCGCAGUCUGCUGGCCCGUCUGCAGCCCCACCUCGACACAUGCCGUAAUGACAUCCUCAGCGUGAGACCUGAUGAGUGGCUGGGCCGCUGCAUCAUUGACUAUCUAGGUCUCAGCUGUGUGGAAAUACACCAGGAGAUGACGUAUCGUUACUUUGAGCUUGGAAAGAACGCAGAUCCAGAGCGUGAAGAUAGCGCUCAGUUUAAAAACGCCUUCACUGUCCAUCCUGUAUCAGAACCAAAUCUCAUGUACCGCCUGCAUAAACGUUUCAGCCAGAUUGAGCUGGAGUGGACUUAUCUACAAAUCCAGCAGCUGCAGAUGCAGAUCAGCAACCUCAGUGACUUGACACCAGAAGGGAAGGCGGGAGUCACGUGGCCCGUAGGAAUCAAUCCUCCCUUCAAACCGAGGACCCGCUUCGAGGUCAUAAACUGGGAGUACUUCACCGAAGAGCACAUUUAUACGUGCGUCGACAGCUCGCCCAAGUGUGAGAUGAGAGGGGCCGACCGCGCCGAUGUAAACGCAGUUCUGGAGAUCGCGGUGGAGCGCCUGAACGAGCGCUACCAGCCGCAGCUACGCUUCCGUAAACGGCGUCUACUGAACGGAUACCGGCGCUUCGACCCCACGCGCGGUAUGGAGUAUGUGCUGGAUCUCGCACUGGAGGCCUACACUCAGAAAGGCCACAGCCAGGUCAUUGCCAAACGGGUUAACUUGUUGCGACCUCUAAGUGCAGUUGAAAUUAUCCCCAUGCCUUAUGUGACAGAGGCGACACGGGUGCAGGUCAUCCUACCUGUCACUGCCCAGGAUCAGGACUAUGUCGGGAACUUCUUGGACAUGUAUGUGAUGAACACUUUGGACACGCAUGACAAUGUUUUACUCACGUUCUUGUUCAUCUACGAUCCCUUCGACGCGCAGCGAGUCAGCCAGACUGACGUGUUCGCUGGCAUCAAGGCGAUGAUCGGGGAGGUGGAGAAGCGAUAUGGAGACGUGAAGAUCCCAUGGAUCAGCGUGAAGACGGAGGUUCCCUCACAGGUCAAGCUGAUGGACAUCAUCUCUAAGAAGCACCCGGUGGACACGCUGUUCUUCCUGGCCAGCGUGUGGACGGAGGUCAACGCCGACUUUCUGAACCGCUGCAGAAUGAACGCCAUCAGCAACUGGCAGGUCUUCUUCCCCGUCCACUUCCAAGAGUUCAACCCGGCCGUCGUCUACCGCGAGCAGCAGCCCUCCGCCGCCUCCUCCUCCUUCGCCGCCGAGUCCCUGCGAGACGGCCACUUUGACCGCCACGUCUUUGACGAGGCUUGCUUCUACAACGCCGACUACAUGACGGCACGGACCAAGAUGGCGGCCGACAUCCUGGACAACGAGGAGCUGCUGGAGAGCAUGGACGUGUACGACAUAUUCGUGCGUUACUCCGGCCUGCACGUGUUCCGAGCUGUGGAACCCGCGCUGAUCCAGAAAUACGUGCGGCGGGCUUGCAACCCGCGGUUCAGCGAGGACAUCUACCACCGCUGUGUCCUCAGCAACCUGGAGGGUCUGGGGUCACGCUCUCAUCUAGCCAUGGCUCUGUUUGAACAAGAGCAGGCCAACAGCACCUAAAGGAUGCGGAUUGUUAAAUAACACUUUUUUUUUAAUCCACGUACUGAGUGGAAAAGCAUCACGGACGCUUCAGUAGAGCAAUUGUGCGCCGAUGCAUAAGCUCAUAGUUGUUUCCUCCAGCUGAGAAGACUGUCUGCUCUGUUAUGUAUGAACACUUUUGACUUGUGAGUGUGUAACUUUGAAUCUGUCAUGUCUAGACGACGAUGAAUAAUGAGUCACUGAGGACGCCUUCACACACCUCCUUGAAUGUGGACCACAGAUGCUGACAGAUACCCAAGAAGCUGUUACUUGUAUUCCUGCUGUCAACGUAUUUGAUUCAGGAGCAGAUCAACAAUAUUUAUACACUCCAGUUUUAAAGAAAUGCAGGACGUUCUGUCUUGAAGU